AUGACACCAAAGAAAACAGUAUCACACGAAGAGAAACUCGAGCUAUUACAUACUUGGUUCCAGUCCGCCCAUGAUUUCUAUACUUUGAAAGAAAUUGAACAAAAAGCGAGCAAAGCAUGCAAAAUUCCAAGUAUACAAGUGAAGGAGUUAGUCUCCAAUUUGGUUGACGAAGGAUUGAUUCAACAAGAGAAAAGCGGAACAACAAACUUGUACUGGUCCUUCCAGUACACAACUACGAAAAACAAAAUUGGCAGAGCUAGACGUAUUCAGCAUGACUUGGAAGCAAAGAGAAAGUUAUCUCAGCAGAUGCAGAAGGACUUGGAAGUGUUGCGUGCUGAGAGAAGUGUUGAUGCACUUCCUGAGAGGGAAAAUCAACUACAAGAGUUGAGCAAUUUACAAGCUGACAUUGAUCAGUUAACGGAGCAGAAUAAACAGCUUGAACAAUAUCAACAAAUCGAAAAUCUAAAAACCAGUAUUGAGUUUUUCACUGAUCUGAUCGAGACAAUACUCUCUUGGUUAUCAACAAAGUCAGGUAUACUGAAGGUAGAACUUCGGAAAGAAUUUGGAAUACCAGAAAAUUUAGACGAUUCCGCAUAA